CAUAAUAAGAAUAGAAUAAAAUAUUGUGUAGUGCAAGAGAAAUUAACAGACGCGUGCAUUUGUACUGGGUACAGCUUUUACGCCACCAAAAGAAUGACUCAACGAGCAAUAGUCUUACUAUUAAUAUUAAUAAGCAUUUCAACUGCAGUUCAAAGUAAUAAUAAUAUCAAAGUUGUCCAUAGCAAAAAUACAGCAGAAAAUCAAGAGAGAAACAGUCCGGCUUUAAACAAUUUUCUGAGGGAGGUACUCAGUGCCAAGAAUGAAUUGAAGUGGAUAGAUCAAAUGAUUUAUCCUCACGUGAACAACUAUAAAUAUCGUAAAACGAGACGUAGAUUACUUGCAACGAGAAAUGGACGGUCCGUAACUAGAAAAAAUUAUUGGAGUUACGCUGGAAACUCUGAUGAUACUGAUGAUGAUGAUGACUACCAAGAAUACUUUGAUGCCACUAAUAUGCUAACUAACAGCAAAAAAUCUUUUCACGCUGGUGGUACAAAAAGAAGGCGGUUUAAUCUUGAUGAUAAUGGUCUUGAAAAUGAUGACUGUGAUAGUAAUGAAGAGAAAUGUGAGCCCGUAGCGCAUAGAGGAAUUCUAAUUAAAAAAAUGAAUAAUAAAACUAAAUACGUGGAACCUAAGACAGUUUUUCUUACUCCAGAAAAUUUAAACUCUCAAAAGAUUUCAUUUAAAAGAAACAGUCUACGAAUUAAAAAUGAUUUACAGAAUGACGAGGAGGGGGAUAACGAUAAUGAUUACGAUGAUGAGGAUAGUUUGGAGUACGAAGGAGCCAAUUAUGAUGAUCAAUUAAAUGGACGCGAAGCUCGAUAUCACAGAGAUCAAGAUCACGAGGCUCAGUUGGCUCUAGAGGAAUCGAACUCGGGAGACGAUAACCAAAAGUACAAAAGAACUGCUCAAGAUGAUGAUAUCUUCAAUUACUUGGAUGGCAUCCCUUUUGAUCUAUCAUCACCAGAAGUAGGCAAUACAUCUUCAUCCGGAAGUGAUUAUCAUGCGCUAAAAGCUACAGAUGACAUGUUCAAAGGGGGAAUCGAACAAGGAAAUUCAAUUGAUGAUAAAAUAGAUGCGUUCAAAAAGAUUGCACAAGCGGAUGCAGAAAAAACUAACCCUCCUUAUGUGAAGAAAACUAAAUGGUACAGUUAUCUGAAAUUAUCACAAAGAAACGAUGAAAAACUCAAUACAUCUACUGAUAAGAAAGUCGAGAAAAAACAAGAGUCAAGAGAAAAACGUUUGACUGUAAAUGAUAUGCCAAUAAUGGGUCAAGAAUCAAUAGUAGAGCCAUCAAAUUGGCCUUGGGAAUAUUACGACGAUAAAGAUGACAUGAGAAUAAAAUUCGGGCGUGGAUUAAUGCAAGUGUCGAAUGAAAAAUUUAGUAGGUCUGUGAAGAAAAGAAAAAAAAUGAGGUCGAGAAAUUCGUUUAAAAAUUUAAAAUUUAUAAAUUCUACAAACCCAAGUCAUUCUCUGAAAAAAUCUAAUUUUCGUUUAGAGCACAAACGUUUAAAAAACCAUUUUAAUAGAGACUCGUUUCCUGAUGGAAAUAAGAAACAGCAUUAUAAUAAAAAAUUUCAACUAAGAAGAUUUGCUAGAGAAGCUGAGAAUAAGAAUGAAGAUAAGGAUAAGGAUGUUUCACAAAUACAUUUCCGAACUAACGGAUUGCUUGCAGAUGAAAUUGUUGACAAAAUAUUUGAAGAAGUCGAUCAAAAUGAUUAUUUAAAAAACGACUUGACAUUUCAAAGAAGUAAUAAGACUGCUGAUAAUGAUACCAAUUCAUCAGAUAAUACUACCGUUAUUGAAGAUAAAACGGUGGAAACUAUGAGAACAGUUAAAGAGCUUUUACAAACUAUUAUUAUGCAAGAAUUGGAAAAGAAAACUUGUAUGAAAUUACCAAAGUGUUUAGAAGAUUUUUUAAUCUGGUUAGUUGAAAAAGAAGAUGCAACUGAUUCUGAAAAAGAAAAGCUUGGAAAAACAAGUAACGUUCCAGAGAAGAAAGAUGAACAACGGAAAGUUCUAUUCCCAGUUGGAUCAAUAUCGCUUCCAUUGGAAAAUUCUUCCGAAAAAGCUUCACCAGUAAAAUCCCGUCUGAUAGCAAAAUCUGCUGUGAAAAUAGAAAACACACCAAAAAAUUCUUCAAACUUUCAUCAAGAAGAGGACCUCUCGAGAGUGGAUUUCCUUUUUGGAGAAAUGCACGGAAAAAUGAAACUACUCAAGCGCUUACUGAAAGCAUACCAUCUCUUAACCUUCCAUGAGCAGAGGAAAGUAAAGGCUGUCCACGAUUAUCUGAGAAAGCAGCUAAAGACAUUAGAAAAGUUUGAAGAACUAAAGGAUAAAAUAUCUAACUUUCCAACGUUAUCACCGAUCAAUAAAAUGAGUAAUAAAUUAAUUAUUAGCACAGAUCAAAAUAAUUCAACACAUAAGGUACAUGAUAAUGACAAUUCUCUUUUAUCACUCUUCAGUCGUGAGCUGACCAACAGAAAUAAGCUGAGAGAUCUCAAGGAAAAAAGCAAAAAAAUAAAGAAACAGAAGUUUAAAAGUUUUUUGAAUGACAAUUUCAGAAAAAAAAGAGCGAUGAUACCGAACGAUCAUUUGAAAAUAAUUGAGAGGCUUACAUUACCACUCAGUACUACUGCAUCAAACGAUUUGUCUAUGACAUUGGAGAAAUUUUCUUCAAGUAUUUACAACUCGGAAGAAAUUAAAAAGUGGAAUAAAAAUGUUUUUAAUGAAUCUACUGAAGUUUUAGCUUAUCCGGGUGAUAAAUCAAAAAUUAAAUGCAAUGAAUAUGCUUUAACAAGGGCAUUUUCAUCAUCAGCUUCAACAUCAGUACCCUCAGCUCCAGUUUUUCGCUAUAAUUCAAGCGUCAAACGAAACAGAUUAAUGAUCAAUAAUAAAAAUAAUCAAAUUAAAAAGACAUCAAUCGCAUUGAAAAAUUUAAUGAUAAAUAAUGAAAUUACGGCGCAAUUAAACUUAUCAAAUGGGCCGACAACUUCGAAAAAUUCAUUAGCUACGUUGGAGAGUGCAAAACUAUUGGAAAGUAAAAUAAAUAUUUUUCCAGUAGAUUUA